ACAGCUGCAGCUAGAACAGGGUUCUGUCGAUUCUGUCAUUAAGACAAUUUCUUGCCAUAGCGUCGCUCAGCUAACAUAUUGCAUAAAAGACUUGCAUCACGAUGUUGCUUGCAUUUAGUAUGAUGAUCCUUCUUGCCGUCACAAAUGCGGCCCCGUCAACCUUGAGGGUAGGCGAAGAAGUUCUGUCGAGCCAGGAUCGGGACCGCCGCCAUGCAGUGGAAGCAACAACCAACGUCAGUCGCCAAAACGUCGGCCUAGAUGUUACCACCACGGCCCCGACCCCAACCUGUAACACGACUGGUAAAGAGACUGAAUUCGGUGAUCCCGUCACAUUCGAAUGUGAAAAUCAGGUCAUCUCAUCAGUUACCAGCAGCUACAACUGUAGUUCCCCGUCCGACCGUGCCUGGGCGUUUGACUGUAAGGCUGUAACGGGUGUAGAGUUGGAUGAGUGCUUCUGGUCGCCUUACAUCAACGACUUCGGGGGGAUCGUGGCUUUCCAGUGUCCGUUCAACAGCCUCGUUACCGGGUUUUACAGCCCUUUCCGGGAUGACAAAAACGACAGGCGAUGGAAGGUGAAGUGUUGUAGGCCCGGUUCCUACCUCGCGUACAACUGCCUGACAACCAUUGCAAGCAACGAGUGGAAUGACAACUUGAAGUUCUCCUCCCCAUCUGGCUACUUUAUGCGGGGGAUCCAUAGUGACGUCAGCACAGGGAAGAGGGAUCGUCGUUACCAGUUUGAUCUGUGCAAGCUCAUCAAGAAAAAUACUGACAACCGUUACGGUUGAUGAACGUUAACCUUCAAGUCACGCUAUUUGAGGAUCCACAUGGAUCUGAUGGAUCGAGUGAAGCAUGAUCUACAUCUUAUUGCUCUUCCCUUUUUGUUUCAUUGCUUUUAUUCUAAGAUAUAUACAUACAACCAAAGUUGACUAACGUACACGUUACUGUUUAACAUAUGCUGGUUAUGGUGGGUGACGCCUUUGAUGUCAUCGUUCAAUUACAUAAGGUGUCAUUGUCCUAUUCUUUUAUUCAGCCUCAUUUUCUUAACAGGAAUAUGAUAAAGCUAUAAACUGUAUCUCAUCUGUUCAGCCAUUCAGUCCAUUAAUAUUUUUCAGUUUUAUGAUAAGGCUAAUCAAUAUUUAGUGCUCUUUACUUAAUAAUAUGUACAUACUGUUAAUCAUCCUGAUAGAAGAAAAUACAGUUCUGUCUUCAGAAACUGGACAUAUUUUCGUAUACCAAUCUUCGGCUAAAAUAUCUCUGACUCAAUGUUUUCAUUGAAACAAAAAUUGAACCACAAACACAGACACACACACACACAUACAUAUACCAUCCUAAGUACCGACAAUUCUCAUUUCUUUCCAUUUUUUGCCAACUUGGAAAUGUUCCACAGAAAUUGCUAUCAUUUUACACAAAAUCUUGCUAAAGUUCGUACACACAUAAUUAUAACGUUAAACGUUAUAUAUCGACGGGAAUACCGAAAAUCAACCGCUCUUGGCCACAUUCUUUGCCUAUAAAAGGCAGGAAAAUGACAUUUUAAGUUAUGAAAAAUUCUAAAUCCGGACACACUAGAUUACGAUAAGUUACAAUGCUCACACAGCAACAUAUGUUUCUGUAUAUUCAUGGCCUUACAAACAUACACCGCCCUUUAUUCAAUGGAGUGGCAGUUAAAAGAACGACAGACAACCACUAUCAACAGCAUGAUUUGCCUCUCAAAAUGCAGAAAAUACGGACCCCCAAGAUUGCGAUGCAAUGUCUUGCCUGUGACGCAUUCUAGUAAAGCUAAAGGUUGCAAGAGUAGAGUAUAGCAGCUGGAAACUGGAACUGCAGGGCUGCCAUUGCUUAUCGCGGAACCACAAUAUUUGUUACGGGACAGUUUGAAUUAUGCAAAUCAGAUAUGUGUACAUCAAUCUAUUUCUAACUCUCUUAGACUACAUCAGAACCAGUAUUCUAUUUUUAAAUCCACUAAGUUGCUAAUUAAGGGUUAAUGACCCGCCCCGAGGUGUAUAUCGUGUCAUAACGCCUGGUCCUUUGCUAUAACCACCGAAUAAAACCGCCGAGUGAGCGAAGCGAGGAACA